AUGUCUCACGCCCUCUCCCCUCCAUUCACUCCGGACAGCGAGUUCGCUGGUCUAGAGACACCCCGCGUGCCAUCUGAGAGCUUGAGCAUCACGGCGCUGGCCCGCUUCGAGUUCGAGGCUGGCAAAGGAAAUGAUGGCACUAAGAUUCUCAUGAUCGAAUGGGAUGACGACGACCUCGGCCGCUCGUCGAAUUACCCUGGAGGCUCAUGGCACGUUUCAUGGGAGGGCAAGACGACGGUCCUCCCAGCCGAUGAGCGAACAAGCGAAAACACUCGCCGCUUCUACUUCCUUUUGCCGCCUCAUGCUACCAUUCCUCCCGUGGUGACCUUAUCCUACGAGCCUCCCGCCACAUGUUCGACAUCUUCGACACCGACACAGAAGACCAGUUCGCUUCAACUGAACCCGCUACCUGCUAUCUUUCCUCCGGAGUUAGGUGCCACUGGUCGCUCGGCCGGAAAGAAGGGUGUUUUGCAUACGAUCUGGGCAAAGAAGCGGCUGCAGGUCUUGGACAAGGAGAUACGGGAGGAAUGCAUGAACAAUGCGGAAGGUGUUGCGCUGCACAUGGCGCUGCAGGAGAAGGAAUGGAUUGAGAGCAAUUUCGGAGUGGGAUCCAAGUCGGAAGCCCAGACGCAGAGCAUGCAAGAUUCGCAAUAUCCGAUGGGUCCCGCUACGCCAGUGUCUCCCACUAGCGGAGGUAAGCUGGGCGAGAAGCUCAAGGGACUCAAGUUGCAGACCAGUCAGCGGGAACUGUCCCCAAAGGCGGAUGGUAUGGGCUCGUCGCGUUCCUCCAGUUCGAUGCCAACUAACGGGGUAGUAGCAUCCUCGAACGCGCGCCAUCUCCUUUCCCCCCAGUCGCCUGACGUGGCCGUCUCUUCGUUCAACUCCUUCCACACAAUGCAACCCAUGUCCAACGUUUUGCAUCCCUCCCCCGCGCCAGAUACCAGUCUUCGGACGGUGGUGCACUAUCCGCCGGAAUCCAUCCAAGCACAACAAAACAGCAGUGAGCACAACAGCGGGUUUGCAUCCAUGACUACAAUUACACGCACAUCAAGCGCCGACUCCGGCGAGGACCUGUUCGCCAAAGCGCUGAGUCCCAGAUCGCCCGACCUGCCGCGGAGUCCAUUCUCGUUUGCCCCCGAGACAGUGAUCUGA